AUUUCAUUCUAAAAGUGAGCCCUGUUCGAUGAAUUAUCGAUCGAUUAGGCCAUCCUGAAUUCACAUUCGCACGUUUCCUUGUUCGACUUAUUUGGUCUGGGAGUGGCGGAGUAAACAGACGUUACACGUUAUUACUACAGAAACCGGCGAUUGACAGGAUGUCAGGAUGGCAGGUGUUCCUGACCUGCCGGACAGUCUGGUGCUGGAGAUCUUCCUGUGUCUCCCUCAUGCAGCGGUGCUGAACGCCGGUCUGACCUGUCGCCAGUGGUUCGCCGUGUCCAGAGACGAGUUCCUGUGGAGGGAGCUGUUCUAUAGUUAUUACCGGAUCCCACGCUCGGUACCUCGCCACCCAGCAGCCGUGUCAUGGUACAGAGAGUUUAAGCGGCUCUAUGACUGCAUUCCCUGUGUAGAGGUACAGACUCUGAGGGAGCACCAUGACCAGGUUCUGCACUUGGCCUUCUCUCAUAGCGGACAUCGCUUCUCCUCCUGCUCCAAAGACUGCACUGUCAAGCUUUGGGACACGGAGCGGCCAGAUGGCACCAUCUCACUGGUGCACAGCUCCAGCAUGCGUCAGUUUAACUGGGGCUACACACAGUUCUCCCAGUUCAACAGCGACGACACUCUGCUGCUGGUAUCGGGGGUCUAUCUGGGGCCACACCACUCAUCUUCUGGAGAGAUCGCGGUCAUCAGCUUAGACAACUACACGCUGCUCUCACGAGUGAGGAACAAGCCCUAUGAUGUGUUUGGGUGCUGGCUCAACGAGACCCAUCUGAUUUCUGGCAACCUGCACUGGAUUGGCAACAUGACGUCCUGCACCGUUCUUUGGCUCAACAAAGCUUUCCAGGACAUCGAGUCUGAAAACGUCAACGUGGUCAAGCGCCUGUUCAAGAUCCAGAACGUCAACGCCAGCACCAUUCGCACGGUGAUGGUGGCUCACUGCCGACGACACGACACUCCAGACCUGCUGCUCGACUACGAGGCUCAGUCUCGGGCCCAGCAACAACACAAAGGAGAAUCUCAGCAACACCAGCCUCUGCUUUUUAACUUAGCUUCAGACAGUGAGGAAGACGAUGACGAGAGAGACGAAGAGGGCGAAGAGCACACUGAAUCGAGGCACUCUGCUCAUCUGCCCCAUCUCAGCCCGUCCAGACUGGAGCAUGUCAGACAUGGUCUUCAGAGCGGAAGCGCUCACGAGCGUGAACUAGAGGCACGAGUGGCUCGGCUCAUGGGUAGCUGUCACACCAAAGCGCCCAAUCCUAGCCUGGUAACACCUGGAGAGGGAGAGGACAAGACCUAUUUACUGUUUACCACAGGCAGCCUUACCUACUCACCUCACCAGAUAGGUAUUAAACGGAUCAUGCCUGAUCAGAUGAGCACAUGUGGACCUGUACUAGGGGAAGAGCGCAGCGCUGAGGAAUUCUUCGAUUCGCUAGAUCACGUGAUCGAUAUCCACGGCCACAUUAUCGGCAUGGGCUUGUCACCUGACCACAGAUACCUGUACGUGAACAGUCGAGCAUGGCCAGCAGGCUGCGUGAUUUCAGACCCCAUGUCUCCUCCACCCAUAGCCGAAGAGAUCGACAUGCACGUGAUCGACUUGAAGAGCCUGCGAGAGGAGAGACGCAGCCUCCGCGCACACCGAGCCUUCACCCCUAACGACGAAUGCUUCUUUAUUUUCCUCGACGUCAGUCGUGACUUUGUGGCCAGCGGUGCUGAAGACAAGCACGGCUACAUCUGGGACCGCCAUUACAACAUCUGUCUGGCUCGUCUGCAGCACGACGACGUGGUGAACUCCGUAGCCUUCAGCCCGACUGACCAGGAGCUCCUGCUGUCAGCCAGCGACGACUCCACCAUCAAAGUGUGGCGCUCUCCACGCAUGGUGCGCCUGGCACGCCGCCCGACUAGAACCCGUGACCUUCUCACCUCGCUCCGAGCUCACCGAAACUCUAACACUACUUUAAACGGCAAGCUCUGAACAGCCCGAGAGCAGGGCGGACUUGUAAAAACACUCCACGUUCGUGACCUUUUAAGGAAAAGCUUUCUAACACUGUUGCGAGCCUAAACGCCUCGAAAGGACGAGAAGGUCGCUGUCAAGAGGAAAGAAGCGAUCUAUAGGGGCACAAAAAGAACCUCAUAAUAAAACACAGCUCUUGUGCUGCCAUUUUUGUUAAAAAAAUAUUCACCACGGGAAAAAAGAUGACCUUAAGAGUGUGUCCUGUUUGCUGCGGGUCGGUCCGCCGUAAGCAUGCUGUCUCGGAAAGCCGACCUUUUAAAAAUCUCUCGCUCUUUUUUUUUAUUUUUAAACCUGUAACAAAAUGAUAUCAAAUGCGAUGGCAAGUCCAAUCAGCUCCAGAAGUAUUGGCACCCAGGGUGAAAAUGAGCAUGAGCAUGUUUUCUUGUGUUCCAAAAUCUUUAUACUUUGAUACACGCGGUAACGUUUGCCUGUUUGCGUGUCCUGGUUUCUAACCAUCCGUCUGUCUCAUGUCAGGAUCGUUCAUGUCAUGUACGCAACCGCAGACUAGUUCCUCUUCAGAUUGUGAAAGACACUUUGGGACUUUUUCAGUUUAUUUAACAGAAACCGGCGCUUACGGAUCAUGAUGGGUGCCGAUAAUUCUGGAGUUGACCGUAGGUGCAGAGUGAAGCGAUAUACAUUAAAUCCCUUUUAAUUCAUUAAAGAUGUUUGUAUCCGGUCUAUAGUGCGAUGGCGUUAUUUUUUGCGUUAAUCAGUAGAAAACACUAAAAUUCCCCCAAAAGUCGGCUUUCGUAAUCGCUUAAACGUAAAGUGUAUUUUAAAACAUGGCCGUUUUCGUUCAGGGUGCAAAUGUGUCUCGGAGUCGUAACCUCUUGGCAGAGGCAGCCAGGUUCCUGUGAGCAUGCGGUCGUAGUCCUAAUGCCACAGCGUCGUCGUCGGGUUUUGUGUUUCGAACAGUAACAAUGCCGUUCUAACGUGAAGCGCACUGAGUUGAACACGUUGAAUUUUAUUCUUUUUGUUCUUCAGGGUUGUUGUGCUUUCUUUUCUCCCCACAAAGUCUGAUAUGUGAGUAAUAUACGACAUUAAAACUUCUUCCAUUA